AUGGCUGUCCUCGUCCUUCUGAUCCUUCUUGUGCAGUCCGGAAGCAGGGCUGAGAUGAGCACGGCGGAACUAGAGCCGUCCUCAGUAACUGUGCCGAUCAAUGUUAGAAUUCAGUCCUACAAUUUGACCCCAAUCCUGUAUUGGGACUACCAGAGCAUGCCCCAGAGUCCUGUUUUUACUGUAGAGGUAAAGUUCUAUGGGCGGAAAAUGUGGAUAAAUGCCUGCAACAAUACAUCUGAUCAUCAUUAUAAUAUUCUUAAUGUGGGUGACCCAGAUCUUCCUAUAUGGGCCAAAGUUAAAGCUAGAAUUGGACAAAAAGAAUCUGCCUAUGUAGAGUCCAAAGACUUUGUCAUUUGCGAAGAAAGAAAGAUUGGACCACCUAAACUAACUGUUACACAAGAGGAGGACCAUAUCAUCAUUGCUGUAAUUGACCCAGUAGUUCAUUUAAAUGGAGAAGGGCAGGAAGCCAUGUAUGAUACUCUAAUCUACAAAGUGUACGUGAGAGAGAACACAAGUGAGACCACAGCACACGAACUUGGAAGAGAUGACUACCUCUACACUCCAUGCCAAUUUAAAAUUCCAGUGCCCUCACUGAAUUCUGAGUACUGUGUUUCAGCAGAAGGAUUCUUAGAGGAUUCGAAUAUUAUAACUGAAAGGUCAAAAGAAGUUUGUAUUACCAUUCACAGUAGCAGCAUAAAGCUUUCAGUGGUAAAAAGUGCCACUUCGGAGUCAAAACUCGAAUCAAAGUAUGCGUCAUUCAUCUCAUCGUAUCAGCCGAUUACUGUGGAAAACGAGGCUGGUGUCUGUGGAGAGGAGGUGUCUGCAGGGACAGUGCUGGGCCCACGCAGUAAAGGAAAAGAGGGGUACAGCGGAGAGCUUUCCACAAAGAUUGAGGCGCUGACGCCCAGUGUAAGCGGUUCCGACCUGAAGGAGAGCUUUCCACAAAGAUUGAGGCGCUGA